UGUGGGUCGUGUGCGUACGGAGGGAGGUAACGUAAGGGCGCUCGGCGAGCCCGUCUCUCCUCGAAUGAAAGGAAACAACCCUCGGCGACAGAGCCCCGCUCUUCGGCAGUGCCGGAGAACCGUCUCCCGCCUUCCUCUUCUCCCCUCGUGGGCGCUGGCCUCCCGUCGCCCGCCCGUGGGCCACGCUGCAUUUCUUGCAAUUUAAAGUGGCAUUCUAUAAGCAGUUUAAAAAAACAUGUCAAGCUCAAUUGAACAGAAAAAAGGGUCUACAAGACAGCGCAAAUGCGGCUUUUGUAAGUCGAAUAGAGACAAGGAGUGUGGACAGUUACUAAUAUCUGAAAACCAGAAGGUGGCAGCACACCAUAAAUGCAUGCUUUUUUCGUCUGCCUUGGUUUCAUCACAUUCCGAUAAUGAGAGUCUUGGUGGAUUUUCUAUUGAAGAUGUCCAAAAGGAAAUUAAAAGGGGCACAAAGCUGAUGUGUUCUUUGUGCCAUUGUCCCGGAGCUACAAUUGGCUGUGAUGUGAAAACGUGCCACAGGACAUACCACUACCACUGUGCACUGCAUGAUAAAGCUCAGAUCCGAGAGAAGCCUUCGCAAGGCAUUUACAUGGUUUAUUGUCGAAAACACAAGAAAACUGCACAUAAUUCUGAAGCUGACUUAGAAGAAAGUUUUAAUGAACACGAACUGGAGCCCUCAUCUCCUAAGACUAAGAAGAAAAGUCGCAAAGGAAGACCAAGAAAAACCAAUUUUAAAGGGCUGGCGGAAGACACCAGAUCUUCAUCCUCCCAUGGAACAGACGAAAUGGAAAGUAGUUCCUAUCGAGAUAGGUCUCCACACAGGAGCAGUCCUAAUGACACCAGACCCAAAUGUGGAUUUUGCCACGUAGGGGAGGAAGAAAAUGAAGCGAGAGGGAAGUUGCAUAUAUUUAAUGCCAAGAAGGCAGCCGCACAUUAUAAAUGCAUGUUGUUUUCUUCUGGUACUGUCCAGCUCACGACAACAUCAAGAGCAGAAUUUGGAGAUUUUGAUAUUAAAACUGUACUUCAGGAGAUUAAGCGAGGAAAAAGGAUGAAAUGUACACUUUGCAGUCAGCCUGGUGCUACUAUUGGAUGUGAAAUAAAAGCUUGUGUUAAAACCUACCAUUACCACUGUGGUGUACAAGACAAAGCAAAAUACAUUGAAAAUAUGUCACGAGGAAUUUACAAACUAUAUUGUAAAAAUCAUAGUGGAAAUGAUGAACGAGAUGAAGAAGAUGAGGAACGAGAAAGUAAAAGCCGGGGAAGAGUAGCCAUUGAUCAGCAACUAACCCAGCAGCAGCUUAAUGGAAACUAGGUAUGGAAGUUGAUUUGAUGAGCUGUUGUCA